AUGAAAUUAAUUAUUUUAUCAACUCUACUCCUAUUAUUUUGCCUUGGUAGCAUAAAUGGUCAAUCUUCACCGAUGAUGAUUUUCAAUCAACAACCCGAUAUGAACAUUGAAUAUCUUGAAAUUGAUAUUUAUUCUGGCCAAGUUUUAAAAAACCAAUCAAUUGUCAACAAUGCUGGUGUUAAAAUCCUCAAGUACUUACAAGUUGUUGAUCCAUUUGUUACAUUCUUUACCACCAAUGGUACAAAUUAUCAAAUUUAUUCUUUCAAUGUCAAUACCAAUGAAUUUAUCAACACAUUUAAUUCAACAACCAACUUUUUAAAUGAGCCAACAUUCUCUGAUCAACCAUACGGAUAUUUCUCGCAACAAACCAAGACUGCUUACUUUCCAGGUUUGGCCGGAACUGGAUUUGAAACUGUUGCUUUACUUCCAUAUAGUUUCAGCACUGACUAUCCAUCCAAGACACCAAUUGCAUUAGGACCAACACAAUUAAAUCGUUCUUCUCAAUUCAACUCUGUGCCAACCUGUGCAUUUGAUGGAAUUGAUUACUUUUAUGUCUACUUUUCGAUUGGUGAAUACACUGGGAUUAGCGAGUUUUCUCUUUUGGGAAGUACCGCUAAACAAGUGAUCCUUUCCACUAAAGGUCGUCAAAUCCAAGGUACCGAACAACUCUUUAUGGUGUAUGGUCAACUCUACUAUUGUGUCUUGGAGAAUGGUGUAGGUGUUACAGUGUCUCUCUUGAACCUUGAUAAUGGAGAGGUAGAUAUCAUCUACAAAGAUCUCAACCCAGAGUACCAAAAUACAUUCCAACCAUUUGUACUCAACAAGAUUGCUGGAUCCAUCACCAUCCUUGUUAAAACCAGUGAUAACAAGAUCCUCUCCACCAUUAUCUUUUCUAACCAAUCUACCAAGCAAUUCACUUUCGAUAAUGUUAUUCCUGUCAAUUCCAAUAUUAUUAUCCCAGGUUUCUAA